AGAUAUGAGAUAGAUAGAUAUGAGAUAGAUAGAUAGAUAUGAGAUAGAUAGAUAGAUAGAUAUGAGAUAGAUAGAUAUGAGAUAGAUAUAAAAUAGAAUUGGUAAUAGAACUAUCUGCAAUGUUUUUCUUUUGUGUUAUUAUGGAGGGGGUCACAUACUUUCCACAUUAUUAUUAGGUCGCUGGACUUUCGGGUGUUUGUGUCGUCCCCAUGGUUCUCUGCUCACAAUUGUUAGUGAUGCUCACGACUCCUUGUACUAACAAAACCCUCACGUUACCACAACACAGCGCAGCCCCUUUAUCUUAUUUACAGGUGAUGGACACAAAGAGCGGACAGGUAUAUAUAAGGAGCAGCUGAGGCGUAUCCACAGUGUAUCUCAGCUCUCCACUGACUCCCAGCCAUGGCUGCCUACACAAGCCUGCUCCUCAUUGCUGCACUCUGUGUGGGUACAGUUUACUCUUUAUCCUGCUACACGUGCACAUCCCAGAGCAGCAACGCCAACUGCAUGACCGCGACCAACUGCACCAGCGGGGCCACGUCCUGCAUGACCUCCGUGACCACCGCUGGACUUGGUAGUUUAUCUUAUGCCUCCAUCACUAAGACCUGCUCCUCAGCCUGUGUGGCCACUGGAAUUAAUGCCGUUGUAGCUGCAUCGAGUGUCACCUGCUGCAGCACCGACCUGUGUAACACCAGCGGAGCCUCCAGCAUCAAGUCCACCUCCACCAUCCUGGCCGUAGCCCUGGGAGCCAUCAUGGUUCUCCUCAGAAGCUCCUCCCUGUAAUCUCCUGAUUGUUAUAACUCAUUUAACAACCUUGCUCACCCCAAUAAUAUAAGGACCAUAUGAAGUCAUUGGUAUGAAGAUCAAUCAAUUGAUACGGAUCUAGUGAUAGAUAUAUAUCUCAGGCGCCUCCUUCAGUGUCCCCAAGGCCCCUGCACUUGUUUCCCAUUGUAAAUAUGUUUUACCAUGUAAAGUGUUAUAAAAUGUACUGUUGCUUUAAGAGUUAUACCAUGUGAUAUGUCAUGUGAUUGUUACCCAGGAGGUACCAGUGAUCAGCUGACCGCCAGAGUGACCUAUUGGCUCCCUGCUAGUCUCCCCCAUAUAAGCCCUGGGUGGAGCUUCUCUCUCUUCUGCUGAGGUCCAGUGUAGUCUUGUCUAGUGUGUGUGUCCAGAGUGUUGGAGACCUCAAAGUCCAGUCCUGCAGCCGCCAUCAAGUCAAGUAAGAUAAAGUCACAGCUUUAUGAGUCAAGUCAGUCCCGGUAAUCUGUCAAGUCAGCGUGGUCUGCAUUUAAUUGUCCAGUCCUAAUACUAGUCGCAGCAAGCCCUUAAGGUCUCUGCAUCACUGGUCACCUCCUUGGGCCUUGGCUGAACUGUAUAGACUUUACCAUCUGUCUAUCCUCAGUAAAGCUACCUUUGUCCGUAAUUUGGCGUUGUUGUCUUUAUUGCCACCGUGCCUAGCCCAGGAUCCAGCAAUAUUCCAUCGGGUGGUUAUAGGGUAAACCACGCCCUGGCGUCACAAACAAAAGGGGUUAAUGCCAUCUGCCCCUAGGGCAACAACAUCUGCCCUGCACCACACACCCCACCACCACAUAUAGUACAAGGCAAAAUGGCUGAGCUGACCUUCCGAAAGCGUUUAGGACAUUACUCCAAAUAUACUCUAUAGAUAGAAGAGCCAAUCUAUAACAAACUGUUCCGAACGCUGGAGCCGGCAGCGCGUGACUUCAUAGCCCCACCUC